CAAAGACAAUAGUUUGCUUCUUGCAUCGGUUGUUUCUUUACUUAUCCUUCUUUUUGUUGGCUUUCAUUAAUCCUCAAAUCCAGACAAGCUUAUUCACAUUCUCUUGUUGUAGUCCACAAUCUUUAUAUUACAUCAGAGUGAAAAAAAUUAUUUUUUUACCAUAAAAAGUACCACCAGUUUUGUAAGCUUGUGUCGUGUACUUUUACUCUUUCUGCUGUCUCCUUAGCUUUUGUCCUUCUUUGAUGUACUAUCAUGCAGUAAAAAUAUUGUUUCCCUGUGAGAUUUUCUUGCAGUAAACAACCCAUCAUCCAUGAUAUGGUCAUGCUGCUUUUGAAGUUCUAAGGGGGCAUUUUGCAGUGGUGGUGGAGGUUUUGGGGUUGCUAUUUUGCAUUUUUUGUUGGACUAUCAGACAUCAUUCUUUGAUGGGUUUGGGAGUGUUCGGUUUUGUUUUGGUUUUGACUCUCUUGUUCAAGCAUUUGGUGUCUCAGCAACCAAACACUGAUGAGUUCUUUGUAUCGGAGUUCUUGAAGAAGAUGAGUUCAAGUUCAACAUCUACCCAAGCCUACAACUUCUCUGCUUCUGUUUGUUCCUUGCAAGGAGUAUUAUGUGAUGCCAAUAGAGAACACGUUGUUGAGUUGAGCUUUUCUGGUAUGGACCUCUCUGGAACUAUACCUGAUAACACCAUAGGCAAGCUCAGCAAACUCCAAUCUUUGGAUCUUAGUUAUAAUAAAAUCACUGGUUUGCCUUCAGAUUUUUGGUGUUUAAGCUCUCUCAAGACCCUUAACCUCUCCUCCAAUCAGAUUUCAGGUUCAUUGACUAACAACAUUGGCAACUUUGGUUUACUAGAAAGCAUUGACUUGUCCAGCAACGAUUUUUCUGAGGAAAUUCCUGAAGCUAUUGGCUCCCUUGUGAGUCUGAGGGUCCUCAAACUUAACCACAACAGGUUUGCACAGAACGUACCUUCUGGAAUUCUCAAGUGCCAGAAUCUAGUUUCAAUUGAUCUUUCAUCAAAUCAGCUGAAUGGAACACUACCAGAUGGUUUUGGUGCUGCUUUUCCUAAGCUUAGGACUUUGAACCUUUCAGGGAAUAAUAUUUAUGGCCGUAUUUUAGAUAUUUCUGGAUUAAAAUCUAUUCUGAAUCUCAACAUGUCAGGGAAUUCAUUUCAGGGUUCUAUUAUGGGUUUGUUUCAGGAAAAGUUGGAGGUCCUGGACCUUAGCAGAAACCAAUUUCAAGGUCACAUUCCUCAGGUACAGUACAACUUUAGUAGUUACAAUUGGUCUCAUUUAGUUUAUCUGGAUUUGUCAGAGAAUCAGCUUAGUGGGGAAAUUUUUCAAAAUUUUGAUGUGUCCUUGAAUCUAAAGCACCUUAACCUUGCACAAAAUAGAUUUAACAGGCAGAAAUUCCCACAGAUUGAAAUGCUCCUGGGAUUGGAAUAUCUGAACUUGUCCAAAACUAGUCUUGUUGGUCAAAUUCCUGAUGAAAUCUCACAACUGAGUAAUUUGAAUGCAAUUGAUCUUUCUAUGAAUCAUCUUAGUGGGAAAAUUCCCUUACUGGGGAAUAAGCGCCUCCAAGUUCUUGACCUUUCAAACAACAAUUUGACUGGAGCAGUCCCUCUACCCGUCCUAAAGAAACUUCCAUGGAUGGAGAAAUUCAACUUCUCGUACAAUAACUUAACCCUCUGUGCUUCAGAUAUCAAACCUGAUAUCCUGAAAACAGCAUUCUUUGGAUCGUUGAACAGUUGUCCACUUGCUGCAAACCCAAGACUUUUCAAAAGAAGAGACACUGGACACAAGGGAAUGAAGCUAGCCCUUGUGUUGUCCUUCUCAAUGCUGUGUGUGCUUGCUGGCCUUUUAUUUCUAGCAUUUGGUUGCAGAAAGAAAACAAAAAUGUGGAAAGUGAAGCAAAGUUCAUACAAAGAAGAACAGAACAUUUCAGGUCCCUUUUCAUUCCACACUGAUUCAACAACUUGGGUGGCUGAUGUUAAGCAAGCAACAUCAGUCCCAGUAGUAAUCUUUGAGAAGCCAUUAUUGAAUAUCACAUUUGCAGACCUCUUAUAUGCUACUUCAAACUUUGAUAGAGGUACCCUUUUGGCUGAAGGAAAAUUUGGUCCUGUCUAUAGAGGCUUUCUGCCAGGUGGUAUUCAUGUGGCAGUUAAGGUCUUGGUUGUUGGUUCUACAUUGACAGAUGAAGAAGCUGCAAGAGAACUUGAGUUUCUUGGCAGAAUAAAGCACCCAAAUCUUGUUCCCUUAACUGGAUAUUGUGUGGCUGGUGAUCAGAGAAUUGCCAUAUAUGACUACAUGGAAAAUGGAAACUUGCAAAACUUGCUUUAUGACUUGCCACUCGGUGUACAAAGCACUGAAGACUGGAGCACAGACACAUGGGAUGAAGGUAACAACAAUGGAAUUCAAAAUGCUAGCUCUGAAGGGUUGCUCACAUCUUGGAGAUUUCGCCACAAAAUAGCCCUUGGCACGGCUCGAGCAUUGGCAUUUUUGCACCAUGGUUGCUCACCUCCAAUAAUCCAUAGAGCUGUUAAAGCUAGCAGUGUUUAUUUGGAUUAUGACUUGGAGCCAAGGUUGUCUGAUUUUGGGUUGGCUAAGAUUUUUGGAAGUGGUUUAGAUGAGGAGAUUGCACGUGGCUCACCUGGUUAUGUUCCACCGGAGUUUUCUCAACCAGACUUUGGCACUCCAACACCAAAAUCUGAUGUGUACUGUUUUGGAGUUGUUCUCUUUGAGCUAGUAACUGGAAAGAAACCAGUUGAUGAUGAUUACCCUGAUGAUAAAGAUGCAACUUUGGUAAGUUGGGUUAGAGGGCUUGUAAGAAAGAACAAAGCUUCAAGAGCUAUUGAUCCCAAAAUUCGUGAUACAGGAUCUGAUGAACAAAUGGAAGAGGCUCUUAAGAUUGGUUAUCUUUGCACUGCUGAUCUACCCUUCAAGCGACCAAGCAUGCAACAGAUAGUUGGACUCCUAAAGGAUAUUGAACCUACUUCUAGUUAGCAUGAUCAAAAUAAUCCAGGUCCUUCAAUUUAAUUUAAUUUAUCUCUUUGAUUUUUCUACUUGAGAGGUUCCCUUAUUACCAUGCAGAAAAUGUAAAUCAGUUAAGUUCUUGAAUUCUGCUUUUGAUGUUUUUUCUUUUUGUUGCCUCAUCAUUUGUGGUAGAUGAAGUAAACUUUGAUCAAUAUACACUGGGAACUAGAUCUUUGAACUAACAUGUUAUCGCAGCAUUUAGUCUUUCAGCCACUUUUUUAUAAUUUACUUAUCUUU